UCAGAAAACAUUUCAUGUGAUAAUUUCAACGACACAUUCUCCUAACAAAUAACUCUCCAGCUUAAAAUUAUAUAUUUUGUUAAUAUUCUGUUGCUACAAAAUGACACAUUCUAUCUUUCGGUUAUUUUUACGAAUUAUUGUGAUUGGACUAUUAAUGUUAACUAUAGUAUGGUUCAAAAUGGAUUUUAUCUUUAAGAACUAUUUGAAGGAUUCAGUCUUUAAGAUGAAACACGAAAGAAAACCUAAUCACACUUCUGGUGAAUAUUUCAUUGAUACAAUUGGUUGUAAGAUACUAAGGUUCCAGGUUCCAGAAGAUGAUUUUGAUAUUAAUCGUUCUCCAGUGGUGUGCCCUGGUCCACCAAGGUUAACAAAAGUCGUUGGUACAAUGUUGUACGUGGACCAAUCAAUUAAAGCAGAUUAUUACUCGAACAAAAUUAAACGCUGUCAGAAGUGGAAUGUUACACGAGGUAACAGCGAUAAUAGUAUUAUUUUGGGAAAACCGACUACCUUUCAUAACCAAACUAAAAUUGAUGCUGAAUUCAGUUUCAUAAAAUGUGAAGGAGUUAAUAAUUCCGUCUUAUAUACAGAUUUCUACAGUCGUAUCAUUGAUAAAAAACAUGUGCAGAAGAAACUGAAAUCUCAGUCUGGUAAAAGAGCUGAAGAUAUUCCACUUAGUGUUCUUCUUAUUGGAAUUGAUUCAACGUCUCACAAUAGCUUCUCUAGGCAAAUGCCUCGUUUGAAGAAGUACCUUCUAGAAACACUAAAAGCUUAUUCGUUUCCUGGAUUUACAAGGGUUGGUGAAAAUACCUUCCCAAAUAUACUAGCAUUAUUAUCAGGAAAAUUUCUGAGCGAGACUAAGUGGCGUUCCGGCCAGGUUUAUGAUUCCUUGGAUCUUAUAUGGAAAAACUAUAGUUCAAGAAAUGCUAUAACAGUCAUGGCAGAGGACCAUCCCUACAUAGCAGCAUUCAAUUAUGUAGCGCGUGGAUUUCGAAAACAACCGACUGAUUAUUAUUUUAGACCUUUAACUAUUGCAAUGAAGAACAAAUUUCGGAACGAGUUCUGUGUAGGCCCUCUUCCUGAGACGGAUUAUGUACAACAUUAUAUGAAGCAGUUUUUAAAAAAGUAUAAAAUGUCUUUUUAUUUUGCCCUUACAUUUUUCACACGUUGGACGCACAAUCACUUGCAUGGUGCGGCUAGAUGGGAAGACAAACUUUUGGGGUUUUUUCAAUGGCUUCAUCAAUCGAAAAUACUAAACAAUACUUUGCUGUUUUUCUUCGGGGAUCAUGGUUUCCGCUUGGGUGGAUUUCGUACAACUGUCGCUGGAAGUCAUGAAGCAAAUUUACCUUUUUUAUUUUUCAUUGUCCCAGAAUGGUUCAAGAUCAAACACAAAUCAAAAGCCGAUUCUGUUCAUAGAAACCAAAAUCGUCUUGUGACGUUUUUCGAUUUUUAUGCCACGCUUUCUGAAAAUCUGAACAGAGGGAAACAAAUUCGAAUGAUGAUGAGUAACAGAAGCAUCAGUCUUAUGUCACCAAUACCAAGUAACAGAACAUGUAAAGAAGCAGAAAUACCUGCGCAAUUCUGUGAGUGUUUCUCAGCAAGAAAGCAAGUAAGUGUUGAAAAUGUGAACGUGACCCAAGCAGCCAACGCUGUUGUGAAAUCACUGAAUAAACUUUUAGAAAAAGGAAAAGCGAAAAAAUGCGCAAAACUGAAAUUGAAAAAGAUAAUACGUGCUUUUAAAUAUAGAAGUACAUACUCUGUAACGUUAAAAGUGUCACCAAGUGAAGGAAUUUUCCAGUCUUUGGGGGAAUAUCGUGGUAAAAACUUUCAACCGCUUGGAGAAAUUUUACGAAUCAACAUAUAUGGUAACCAAUCUCAUUGCGUCAAAACACGUAAACUGAAACCGCUUUGUUUUUGUACGUAAACUGUUGAUUUCUAUUUAAUUAUCUUUUCUAUAUUCGUCCACAUAACUUAUUAAGUGUUUUCUUGACAGUUUCCAGCAUCAAACUAAACACAUGUAACAUAAUAACCAUUGAUCCAAAUAACAUAAUUAUAGGCACUCUUCUUAUUAACAACUGCCAUAAUUGCUAUAUAAACUAUUGUACUCAUGAAACGGGUGUCAUAGUUGAGCGGUGGAUUUUAAGAAUAGGUAUCACAAACUCAUGGAGAAGGAAAAGGGUUAUGAACUGGUUGACUGAUUCCUUUUGAGAAUCUUUUGUUCAAAAUAUUUAAUUCUUUAGAUUUAUGCCCUACAUUUCCACGUGCCUUUUCUAGUGAAUUUUUACUCUUACUUUUCUCAAUAAGGUCGUGUUAACUAUUCCGAAUGUCCGCCAAUUAGCUUCUUUGCACCCAUUUCAUGAGUGUGCUAGAUGAUUUACUAAUCCCUCAAGAAAAAAAAAAUAACUGAAUGGCUCAAUUUAUAACAAGAUUAAACAGCUGGUACACAAGGAGAUAAGGAAUUCUGGUCCAAAACGUGCUUGUUAGGCAAAAUGUUAGUUAGCGCGUGUGACUCCCAAAAAACAAUUUUUGGGGAGUCGUGCCAACGGCGAUUUCUGAUAUUAUCAAGAGACAUUUUAAUUGUUGUCUCAAAAAUCAAAUCAAAUAAACAAAAAUCGCACUAUCUAUCUAUCUAUCUAUCUAUCUAUCUAUCUAUCUAUCUAUCUAUCUGUCUGUCUGUCUCUCUGUCUGUCUGUCUGUUUGUCUGUAUUUCUGUCUGUCUGUCUGCUGCCCACCCAUCCACCUAUCUACCUACCUCCCUGUUUGUAUGUCUGUCUGUCCGCCCGUUCGUCCGUCCGUCCGUCCGUCCGUCCGUCUGCCUGCCGGUCUGUCUGUCACCCAAGAGCAGGUGUAGCAAGAUAUACUUACCCAGAAAGGAAGGUAGAAGAAGGUUAAGUAAUAUCAGAAGAAGGUUAAGUAAUAUCAGUAGAAGACUACGUGGAGUUAGCUAGAGUAAGUAUUGCCUCCUAUGUAGGUAAUAGUGAAGAAAGUUUAUUUAGACCUGCUAGAGUCACAGUAGGACAGAGAAACAAAAAAGCCAAAUGAAGUUGAUAACGAGAAAAAAAUAUUAUCUGACUGGUAAGAGGAGGCUUUGCAUUGUAGAUUCCCAAAGGUAGUUGCAGACAGAUGACAGUAGCUUGUGCCCGUCUUACCAAAUCCUAUCUCAGCUUCCAUUGAUUCAAGUUGGAAACCACCCGAGAAAUUCAAAUAAAAAAUAUGUUCUGUACAUUUCCUAAAAGUCGAAGAAUGAAUUUCGAACCACAGUUAAGUAAAAAAAAAACCUAAAAAAGAACAUUUCCAUUGAGAUUCACUGGUGAGUCCAACGGUACAUAUAGCGUGGGGAGUCUCCGGUGACUCCCAUGGUAGGCAACAUGCUAAUUGCAAGGCACAUUUACUGCUGUUAUCAUUAAACGAGAUAGAUAUGGAUAGAUACGUGUAACAAGAUGUCACCUGUGUUGAUGUCUUUAUCCAGGUAAUGUUGUAGAAACUGUCACAAGCCAACGGAGUUAUUGUAAUAUAUGGUCACCUGGAACAAUAUCAUUUGAAUAACUUACAUUUUUUUACCACUCACCACUUCAGGCACUUCAGUAUAAACUGUUUAUUUUCACAGCAUUCAGAUAUUCUAUACUAUUUUUUCACAGGACUUUCAUUUCCUCCGCCACCCCCACUAUUCCACCCAACAUUCCUGGGGAAAUCGGGGUUGUCUUCGGGCCUCUUUCCAUUGGGUCCUAUCAGAAACAACCGUCAUUACACUUUCCGGUUGGACUCUCAAGCGUGACCAACUGAGACUAUGGAUAUCAUCCAAUCAUCUUGUUCUUGGUCUACCCCUUCGUUUCCUGCCGUUUGGAUCGACUUGAAGAAUCCGUUUUGGGGAUUUUUUCAUGCGACAUUCUAAUUACAUUUCCGUAAUAUCGGAUCUGUGACCUCUCACCGGACUUUCGUCAUCAAACUUCUCGUCGCAAAAGUUACUUUCACACUUCUCUCACCAAACCUUCCAUCACCAAAACUUUUCGCCGUCACGCAUACCUUCACCAAACUUCUCGUCGUUAAAUUUUUCGCCGCCAAAAUUUUAUUACCAAAUGUUUCGUCGCCAUGCAUAUCGUCGCCACAAUUUCGUGAUUAAACUGUUCACCACAGUUCUUAUUUUUCACAGGACAAAUUUAUUAUCAUUAACGUUCUCUGUCUUCUAAUAAAACAAAAUUAUUUUGUCAUUAAAAUAAAGUACAGUUGUUUCAAAAAA